AUGUUGGAGGGCUUGGGUUUCCCAGUUAAAUUCAUGGGAUGGAUUAUGCAAUGCGUAACUUCUGUAUCAUAUUCGAUCUCGAUUAACGGUGAGACGAAGGGGUUCUUUCCUGCCAUGCGUGGAUUAAGGCAAGGAAAUCCCUUAUCGCCCUACUUGUUCGUCAUAUGCAUGGAGUACCUCUCCCGGCUACUUCAUGUUUUGGGGCUCAAGGAAAAUCAUGCGAAGUCUAAUAUUUUCUUAGCCGGAGUUAAAUUGGGGCACCGAUUAGAGAUCGAAAAUGAGUUUCACUUUUCCACGGGAGUGUUUCCGUUUCGAUACCUUGGAAUUCCACUCGCUGCAUCUAAAGUACGAGUGCUCAACUAUCAACCACUGCUCGACAAAAUCGAGCAAGCCAUAGGAGCGUGGACAUGCCAAACUCUCUCUUACGCCGGCCGUUUGGAGAUUUUGAAAACCGUGGUUCAAGGUAUGUGUUGCUAUUGGUUAUCAAUAUUUUUGAUCCCACAUGCAAUUAUCGAGAGUAUUGAGAAACUAUGUAAAACAAUUGUAUGGGGUGCGGCUGUCCGAUUGGCAUGGCCGAAGAUGUGCAAACCGAAGGAAGAAGAGGGUUUGGGCCUCAUUGAUUUCACUGAUUUGAACCGAAGCCUUCUCGUGAAAACCUUGUGGGAUUUUCACUUGAAGAAAGACUCUGUGUGGAUACAGUGGGUGAAUGAAUUUUAUCUUAAGGAACGAACCAUAUGGGAGUGGUCACCGCCACUCACAGCUUCACCCUUCUUCAAGAGCAACAUCCGAAUCCGAGACGAAUUGGUAGAGAGCGCGAGGACUACUAAGUUUCUUAUUGCUAAGUUAGAAUCUUGUACGGAGUUUGGAAAAUUAAAUGUGAGUAAAGUAUACGACUGGAUUAGGGCUAAGGCCCCGAUCAGAUCGUGGGGUAAACAUCUUUUGGCUCCAUCUAUAACACCAAAGCACUCGUUUAUCCUAUGGAUUGAUUCUACGAAUCGAAUCGCCACAAUGGACUGA